AUGCACCUUCCAUCUCGCCCCAACAGUCUUCUCCUGGUUUCCCCUCGUUGCGGCCUUGCGAAAGACAACCUCGAUAAUGCAGCAGGAUUGUUGCGUCUUGUAGACCGAACUUACUCGAGAGAAGAGUUUGGCUGGUACAACGUGCCAACCGGGAGUAACCAUUCUGGGUUAUCUGGUGUGGUAGCAGGGGGCGCGGACGAUCUAAGGAGAGCGAAUAUGACAACGGCGCUUACCAAAACUAUUUUGGCUACGCCAGAGACAGACCUCGACCAUGUUCACUCAUCCAUCUCUUCAUCUGCUGUCGGUCCUGGGUCCAGAUUACGCGGUUCGUUAGUCCAUCGUAAGGUUCUACAGUCCUCCUCUGGCGACACGGCCGUGCAGACGUCCACUGCGGGGCGUAGGGUGUCACGCUUACGAGCAGAGAGAGGAACUACGGUAGAUUCAGAAGGGUCAAAUGAUGCAUCUACAUCCUCUUCCGUGUCUUGUGGGCGUAGACGGUUGGAAUUUGUGGACCUCUCCGAUUAUGAUGAUGUCCUCUGUGACAUUCUUUUGGACUCGGUCUAUCUAGGUUUCCGCACUCACAAGAUGAACGGGGAAUACUACGGGGUCCCUGAGCAGGGUCACGCACGUCUAUCUAAAUCCGGCUCAGAGGGUCAGAGGCAACGGCCUGCUGGGAUUGAUCGCACUCGGAUUGAUAGUGACGCCUUGGCAGCUGUAGUUGUGGAUAUUGUUAGGGACCAGAUUCUUGAGAAUAAAAGCAUCGAUAGUGCCUCUACAGCGCUAAUGAAGUGCCUGAUCGGACCGGCCUCUAUCAAAUGUGACGGGGCGCCAUCCUCCGUCAUUAAACGGUCUUUUCAAGCUUUUCGGCCUUUUUUUGAAGGUAGAUCUAGAGACCAGCUAGAAGACUUCCGAGAUCAUGCAAAGCGGUAUUUGGGCAUGUAUCAUCCUGCUGCUGGUUACGAGAUUGCGCAGACAUCCCGGUAUAAGUCAUCGGGCAAAGUUGAAGCAUGCAUUAUAGCUACACGAGAAUUCAAUGCUGGAGAUCAAAUCCCACAUUGCACUGGUGUUAUCGCUGAGCUGGAUGAGGAUGACGAAGAGUACCUCGUGAACAGAGACUUUAGCGUCAUGUUUUCAACAAAGAAGGAUUGCAUGUGUCUGUUCCUUGGGCCAGCACGAUUCGUGAAUCAUGAUUGCGAUCCAAACUGCAAGUUCAUUUUGCUUAAUGAGCGUGCCAAUCUCAUUUGCUUCAAAGUGCUGAGGGACAUAAAAGUAGGCGAGGAAUUAACGACAUUCUACGGAAGUAACUACUUUGGAGAAGAUAAUAAGGAAUGUUUAUGUGAAACAUGCGAAAGACUUCAAAAAGGGGGAUUCACACCAGCUGAUUCACUGUCAGGCGUCCUUGGUGACGAUGAAUACGAGAAGCCCAUAGUGGCUAAGCUCCGAAGGAAUCAAGCCCGUACCCAAACCUGGUCCUAUUAUCGGAAUGUUUUCGCGGGUAUUGAUUUUGGCGAUAAAGGCAAUGGCAGUGAUGUGGACAUGGAUGGUUCUGCUAAAUGUGGCACCUGUGGUGGUGAGCUUACGGAGGACGAUCUAGCUGCCCCUCAUUUUCGUACGUCGAAGAAUGCACCCACAGGCGCGAAAACGUUGGGUAGUAAAGAAUGCCAGCGUUGCGUUCGUCAUAUGAGAAUCUUUGGGGUGAAGUGGCCCACCCGAAAGACAAAGAAGGGGCGACUGCCGAAUCUCUUAACGAACAUGAUCGAAAAGAGCACUGGAAUAAAUCCAAGAUCAGGCUCCCGAAGGAAGUCAAGUGGCACCCCAGCUACCUCACGAAUCUCUGGAAAGCUACCCUCUCAGGCAAUCGAAGGAAGAGGUCGGUCUCGAUCACGAUCAGUCAUGACGUCUGAGGAUAGUGAUGGCCAAAAAGAACGCCGCUCGACUUCGGUUAGCCUAAACUCGUCAAGAUUGCAAGCUGUCGAAGCGGCUGACGGUCUGAGAGACGAUUUGGGGUCUGAUAUCCUCGAUAGCAUCCGUAGGGCGAGACGUACCAAGCGACAAGAGGGAAAAUAUUUCGAAAUGCUCCAUGGACCAGAAACCAAACGCAAGCGCGAUGCCGCCAUCCAAAAGCGGGAAGAAGUCGCAAAAGUACCCGGAAAACUUGUGCCAGACCUCGAUCAAGUACAUGCUGUCUUCGUCUAUCCGGACGAUGCCGCUUACCCGUAUUGGUGGCCAGCAAUGGUGGUGCCGAUUUCGGAGAUCGAUGAGAGCAUGCCAGAGGUCGAGCGACCGAACCAGAGGAUUGUUUCAUACUUCGAGAACCAUUCGUUUUCAGCGGUGGAUCCGCAAGAAAUACGCUUGUUCAUCCCAGAUGAGGAGCCAUAUCUCACGUUUUCAAAAAUCCCCGGAUUUGGUAAUGACAAGGCGGUGAAAAAAGCGUUAAGAUUCAUCGAAACUGGAACGUGCAAAGGAUGGCACUGGAAAAAAUGGGGUCUCAGCGCAAAGCUGAAAACCGAUGAUGCCAACGGGAAAAAGCGAUCUGGAAAGAGCGUGAGGAAAAGUGAUCCUGGGUCCCUCCGUCGAGCAGUGCAUAAUAGCCGAGAAUACUCUGAAGGUCCAGCUGCACUGAUUUCUGGUUCCGAGAGUGAGGCUAGAAUAUCUAGACGGCGGCGAGGAGGACGUGCAGCAGAGACAUCCGGAAAGAAUAAGAGUGCAUCCGCUACUCCACCUGAACUUGAAUCUGUGGAUCAGGCCCAAGACAAUGUGUCUGACGGCCCUCUGCCCGUCUUGCGAACCGUUCCGCGACGCUUGCGGUCGUCAUUGCAGAUGGGUGCGAGCAAUCAUGGCAGAAUCUCUGACGUCGCAUCCAUAGAUGGUGGGGACUUUCAUGGUGAGGAGCUGGUUGACGUGGAAGGCAUUUCCGACAGUGCAACUCCUGCCGAUGAAGAACAUGCGACAUUCGAAUCGGCCGAUGUGUCUGCGUCUGGGCUUAUUAUUUCAGACGUUGCCAGGGAUACGAUUUCUGCCGAACAAACUGGUUCAUCCUUCAUAGCAGAAAACAAAGCGCUAUGCACCGUUUCGCCGUCAAAACAAUCAGACGGCUUGUUCCCUGAGACCCUUUCUUCAGACGAGGAAGAGGAAGAAGAUGAAGUGGUUCUAGUUCAUGUAAAAACAUUAUCACAACGAUGGGACGGUCUAGCGGCGCGUGGUCGAUUCAGGGACGUCAUGAAUUCCCCCUUCACUCAAUUUGCGCCGAUCUUGGCGAAGCAUGCCAGCCGGCGCCCUGCGCGUGUGUCAACUGCACAAACACUGGAACCAAGUCAGCCAGUGGAUGAGAGUACUAUGCUGACUGCCGCUGGAAGGCAGGUUCUUCCGAAUGUUUUGCGACGGUUGACAUUGCAUGACCAUGACAAUAAGGGUCCUGGUGGUGACGAUGUCCUAUCUACAUUUACCGUCUACCAAUCUAGAAAGCCGGCUGUCGCUACCGAGAGUUGUCCGGUGAGGAAUUCACCAGAAGGACGCUUUGCCCUGCAAAAGGAUGGGAACGAUGGAGAUGUUCCUUGUUCUGGUGAUAUGGCACUUGCUCACAAUAUCCGUUGUACACAAUCCCGACCAUUUCAAAUCGAUCAAUUAUCAACGUCCUCUCAGUAUAUGACCGAGCGCACAUCAAGUCAAAACCAGCCAUGUUAUCGAAGAGGAGACUGGGUGAUAGCAGAGAUAGACGUCAAGUGGUACGUGGCGCGAAUCGUUGAUAUUGCUGUCAACGAUGAGUCCUAUCUGCUGCACUUUUGGGGCAAGCCAGUUAGCGCUGAGAAAUGGGUAAGCUCUCUCUUCAUGCGCCCGUUGAAAGAGCGAGUUGUAGCAAAAAUGCAACCAGAAUGCGCAGAUGGGUUUCAGACGUGCCAGGUGGAGCAAGAGCUCGAUCGGAUUUGGGACAGCAUGUCGUCCGCAGUACCGGCUAGCGGUUGUGAUAGAGGACUGAUCAAUGUCAGUACUGGAAGUAGCGGCAAACAGCGGUCUCGUUUCUGCGACGGUACAUUAGUCAGUCCACAGCAAUCUGGUCGAAACGACUCUGAUGGACCUCACCGCGAUUUGACAAAAUGCUCAGGAAGACAGGAGAGUCUCGAUCGAAAAUUGAAAAACAUUACAGCUGCCGACGUUUUAUGGACUCGCGGUGAUUAUGGGUUUGCGAAGAAUCCCCGGAACAGAGCCAUACGCUGGCGUCCAAGUACGGCAUAUGCACAAUACCUACGAAAAUGGCAGCAGAGACCGGAAAAGGCCUCGAGUGAUUCAGAGGAUGAAGAUGUUCGGUUUACACAAACUCGUUCAAACCAAUAUCGUUGUCGUUCACGGAGCGUCAGUUCGGCGUCUGACGAUGGGCGGUGUGCACGAUCGAAGCGCUUGAGGCAUUCUUCUAGAGAACAAUAUGGUAACUCAUCCAUACCCGGCAAAUCCCAAGGCAGAACUGCUGAUGAAUCACCUUAUGUUAUUCCACCAACGUGCCUUCAAGGCGGAGUACAACCGAGAGAUAAAGCACGAAUUUGCAGAUUCUAUUCCGGUCAUCCAAAAUCCUGUAAAUAUGGAGAGCGCUGCUGGAAUCGUCAUCUGGAGCCCAAUGACUCGAUCAAUCCUGGGACUCAUCAUAGGAUGUCUUCUGGUAGAGCACAAGAAGAUCUAAUGGAAUCCGAUUCGGCGGUACUGAAUAUCGAGGCGUGCUUUCCUCUAUCCCAUGGAACUGAACCAAAUACCCCGUCAAGACUAUCUAAAUUGACUGCUGUCAAUGUCGCGGAUGCACCAGCUGCAUUUCCGGUGGCGCUUUUGAUUCCCGAAUGCACCGACGUUAUAGACCCUAGGACAUCCACCGCAUUCGGUCCGGGGUAUGUACCCAAUCCAGGACCGAUUGCAGUGCAGAACGGCAACAUUUCAGCAUGCAACGACUCACCGAUCAAAGAGGACCGAUAUGAGAAGAACAAGCAGGUUUUUUACCAAGCGGUACCUGAGAUAGACCCGGAUCAAGAGGUGUCUACAUACCUCACUCAGGUACCGGAAGCUCCCACAGAGGUAGAGAUCCAUAAUCCUGGAAACCACAAUACGUGUGUUCCUUUCACCACCACCGCUCUCAAUGAGCAUCAUGACGACAAAGCGACCCGACCCGCAUCGUCACAUUUGCCUGGAGAACUCGCGAUGAAUUCGGGCAAGCAAUGUGAUACUGGCAGUUGGACGGUAGCGCUAGACGCUUCACUCCGGUUGCCCCAGGAUGCAUAUAUUGAGUCAAGCAAACUCGCGAAUAUUCCUUGUCAGAUAUCUGGAAGAGAUCCGACGGGGUCAUCACCUCUUCACGCCGGGCCGUGGAGCGCAUACACUUCGUCGCACAGUAAUACUUUGACGGUAGGAGCUCCUCGUGAGUCCGUAUCGUUCUGUACGCCUUGUACACCACCUGGAACACGUCCCAUUCUACUUCCCGACCGCAAACGAGCAAAUAGUACGAAAUCCUCGAUCCCGAGAGCAGUAGUAGGGUCUCCCACCCCGGUGCGAUAUCAUGGGAUAUCUUAUUCUGUUCCUCCACGACUGCAGCUACCUCAUGAUUACAUGGACGUUUCUGGUGGCCAGCUAGAACAUCGCCGCAAAUCAUCAGAGACUGGCUGUGGAGGCGGACACAAGCGUCGAAAAACAGAGGUCUACCUUGAGGAACUAUCCUUUGCCACCCUUCCGUCACCGCGUACCGAUACUCCGUCCAUCAGACACAAAAAAGCCAUUAUUCAAAUCAACUGUGAAUCAGCGUUAUUUAGUCCUGUCGAAGCCCCGAUCUCGUCCAUGGUGCACGACGCAAGUGAGUCGAAACUUGAUUUCUUAACGCGGGACCAGGAGCUCAAGUUGUUGGAUUCACCGGGGCGGAUGUGCUAUAGGGGGAUGACAAGACGUCAAAUUGACACGCCAAUGGAAGAUGAUGACGCCUCCACUAGCAGGAAGACCAUAGGAGCUUUGCCGAAUCUGACAUCGCAGAGUGAUGGGAACGACCCGGACGUACCGGAAGACAAUGUGGCAUUGUCAAGCAAGAUGGAUGCUAAUGUCGCAGAUACCAGGGACACAGUGAACGCACAUACGCCCUCCCAAUCUGUAUUGCAUGGAGAUCACCGUGGUAGUGUCCGUCGAAAGCGUGGUAGCACCUUGGAAAUUGUCAUUGAUGUGUCGGAUCGGCCAAAGCAUUAUACAAGAGCUUUAGUAUAG